AUGUACCGCGCUGCGCCCCGGCUGCUGCGGUCUGCGCUGAGCCGAACGGUGAGCAGUCGCGGCGCUGGUCGCGGUGCUCUGUACGAGGACGUGACGGAGAUCAUCGGCAACACGCCGUGCGUCAAGCUCUCAGAGAAGCUCUGCCCGCCCGGCACCACAGUGUUUGCAAAAUGCGAAUUUCUCAAUCCGCUGUCGUCGGUAAAGGACCGGCUGGCGCUCGCUGUGAUCGAGGAGGCCGAGGCGUCGGGCAAGCUGAAGCCAGGCGACACCGUGAUUGAGGCGACGUCGGGCAACACCGGCAUUGCUGUGGCGAUGGUGUGUGCGCAGCGCGGCUACAAAUGCGUGAUCUGCAUGGCGGAGCAGUUCUCGGUGGAGCGACGCCGACUGAUGCGAAUGCUCGGCGCCAAGGUGGUGCUGACGCCAAAGGCGGGCAAGGGCUUUGGCAUGGUGAAAAAGGCGGAGGAGCUCGCCGAGAAGCACGGCUGGUUCCUGUGCCACCAGUUCGAGACGGAGGCGAACUGGAAGUUCCACAACGUGACGACUGGGCCCGAGAUCCUGGCAGACUUUGAGGGCAAGCGGCUCGACUACUGGGUGACGGGCUACGGCACGGGAGGUACCUUCCAUGGCGCGGGCAAGGCGAUCAAGGCGGCAAGGCCAGAUGUCAAAAUCGUGCUCGCCGAACCGGAGGACGCCGGGCUGCUUGCCUCGGGCGUGCCAACCGAGCACAAGCCGGACGGCUCACCGAGCGCUUCGCACCCCGCCUUCAGCGCGCACCCGAUCCAGGGGUGGACGCCAGAUUUCAUCCCCAAAGUGCUGCACGACGCUCCCAUGGACAUGCUGCUGCACGAGCUGGUGCCUGUGCCCGGCGCGGGGGCGAUCGCCACCGCCCAGAGUCUCGCCGCCAAGGAGGGGCUCCUCACGGGCAUCUCAGGCGGCGGCACGAUGUGGGCGGCGCUGGAGACGGCCAAGAAGGCGCCCGAGGGCUCGGUCAUCCUCGCCAUGCUGCCCGACACGGGCGAGCGAUACCUCUCCACGCCGCUCUUCUCCGACAUCCCCGCAGACAUGAGCGAGGAGGAGCUCGCGCUGGCGGAGUCGACACCCUCCUACCAGCUGCUCCCCGGCAAGGAGCCCGUCCUCGCCGCCGCAUGA